GGGCGCUUGCGCGUUACACGCGCCAAGCCGGCGCUUCUGGGCCUUUUUCCCGCCCUCUCACCCUGUCGCGUUUGUAAGCCCGGCCGGCCGGCAAGCCUCGCCGCGGUCCACUCCCGAGAAAGGGAGGGACGCGUAGCAACCACGAUUCAAAUUGUACGUGCAGUUGUUGAUAUGAAUGCAUAAAUACUGCUAUGCACUCCUCAAGGCAACGCCAUUUUAAAUGUCUCCUAAAUGUGUAAUGCUGGUGGAACGCUUUUGCAGAUUGAAAUUGGCAGACUAUUGAAAGGACUUGCAACAUGUUAUGUUGGGGAAAUGCAUCUUUUGGACAACUUGGAUUGGGCGGUAUUGACGAAGAAAUUGUCCUGGAACCCAGAAUGUGCAGCUUCUUUGUAAACAAAAAAGUUCAAGAUGUCGGCUGUGGACUGAGGCAUACUGUGUUUGUAUUGGAUGAUGGGACUGUGUAUACCUGUGGAUGUAAUGAUUUAGGACAGUUAGGCCAUGAAAAAUCUAGAAAACGACCAGAGCAAGUUGGUGCCUUGGAUGCUCAAAACAUUGUCACUGUUUCUUGUGGAGAAGCCCACACGUUAGCAUUAAAUGACAAGGGUCAAGUCUAUGCCUGGGGUUUUGCUGCGGAUGGGCAGCUGGGUUUACCUGGCACUGAAGACUAUACCAGAGUUCCCAGGUAAAACAAAAUAAUCAAAUAAUGUUUCAAAAAUU